AUGGCUUCCAGAUCCGCUAGGAGGCCGGAGCGCUGGUACUAUUUUGCAUACGGUAGUAAUAUGUGCCUAAAGCAGAUGGCGGAACGGUGUCCUUCGUCUAUAUUCAAGGGAAAGGGCAGAAUUGAGGGAUACAGAUGGCAGAUCAACCAGCGUGGUGUUGCAAAUAUUGUCGAAUGUCGAGGAGACUAUGUCGAAGGUCUGAUUUACCAAAUCGACGCCAAAGACAAACGAAAAUUAGACCGCAGCGAAGGCGUAGCGCUGGGAUUCUACAGCGAUGAGCAUCUACACACUCAGUUCUUGCCCUUGCUAAAUUGCGGGAUCAAGACCUUUCAUGUUGCGAAGGAACUUGAGAUGGACGAUCAGCUUGAUAUCACAAAACCAGAACACCAACCAGCAUCGAGGUAUCCAGGGCAAGAGAGCUUAGAGAUGGUUGAGGCUCUUGUCUAUGUUAGCCGCGAGUACAAGGACGACGGAUUAAUCAGAUCAGAAUAUAUCACACGCAUGGAGAAGGCGAUCAUCGAUGGACGGAAGAUGGGAUUGUCGGAUCGAUUCCUGACUCAAAUUGAUCGUACCAUUCAUGGGGAGCUGCCACGUCCGAAUAACGAUGCAUCCCGAACAAACCCCGGUCCUUAUGCGAGAAUGGAAGCUGGUGGUACAAGCCACCAGCCGCACAGGACCUUGGAAAGCAGUCAACCAAGACAGGAACAGGACGAACGCUUGUCGACAGUUCGACCCAGCUAUCCAAGGUACGCGAGGGUGAUAACUGUUCGGCCGAGGUAUCAAGACUUCCGCGACCUCGACGGCAAUCUCAGAUAUCCGGAUGAAAGACCCUAUCGACGGUAUCAAGACUUCCGCGACCUCGACGGCAAUCUCAGAUAUCCGGAUGAAAGACCCCAUCGACCGACUUACAAUACUGGAAGACAGUCAGAGACUCGAGAAUGGGGCAGGGGCAGGUCUCCGACGAGUUUCAGGCAGAGUCGAGAGUGGGACGAAUGGGGCGGUACAGAAUCAACUACGCUUGUUAAUUCGCGUUACCAUGUUGGAGGUUAUGCUGAGCAGGUUCUUGAAUACCGCCGACGUGGUAGCUCAACUCCAUUCUAG